CAUACUUCUCCGGGCUCUAUAUCAAAGUCCGUGUACGGCUUCCAAGACCAUUGAGAAUUUCGUCGGACGUGCGGAAGAAUGUAAGGUAUUGAGAUUGAACGGAACUGUGACAACACUUUGGGUGUUAUUUAUUAUGGACUAACUUGUACUUGUAAGACAAUUGAUAGUUUGGUGGUCGGAAACGCACUUGAUGCCUUGUCCCAAAUAGUGCUUGGUAGUUUUAUAUUCGGAGACUAUCUUGGCGGGUGGCCUGUCUUUACCUGUGUAACAUUUUCUUGACUGUUUUACCUGUAACAAUGACUGACGGAACGUUCCAUCGGGCAGCGAGGGAUGGAUACCUGGACCCCCUCCGCCGGGCCACAAGAAAGGACUUGAACACGACGGACGAGGAUGGCAUGACCCCCACCAUGUGGGCGGCGUCAUACGGCAACAUACCUGCCCUUAGGUUGAUAGUUGGCCGAGGGGGUGACCCCGACAAGAUGGAUUUGAUGGGCUAUUCAUCACUUCACCAUGCAUGUAAGAGUGGUCACAUCAAUGCUGCCUCCUUCCUCGUCAACUACGGCGCUAACAUAUGGGCCAUGGACAACGACUACAAGACGGCUCAGGACAUAGCAGCUCUAUGGGACAAAACGGAAAUUGUUAAGUUACUGGACGACGCUAAAGCCCAACAACAAUCUCUUAAUCCUAGCAUUGUCAAAAAACUCAGCGCCAAAGCCUUCGAAGACGCGGACAGAAACGUAAAGCGGCAAGAAAAACGUAACAAGGAAGCGCAGAAAAUCGCUGAAAAGGAGGAUUUAAAACGAUUACAGCAUACCGAUCCUGAUUUCAGACCUCCAACAAAAAUGAAUGUGUUUAAGACUUUGACAAUGAAGUUCAAGUCAAAUAAUCGGAACUACACAGGAAAUGGUCAAAGAAGUGUGCAGACAUUUUCUGACAUAGCUAUCGGGACAAAGUCAAGAGGAACGAAAAAGAAAAUAUUACAAAAACAAAUGAAUGGUUUUGAUACGCAAUCAGUGAUGGAUUUUAAAACUAGCGAGUUUGACGGUGAUGGGAAUAGAACCCUGAGGUCUAUGAAAGGUACAAAUGGCUUCCGAAAGAAUUCGGAUGUUAUGUAUCUCACAAAUAAAGACUCCGAAAGUAGUACAACUGCCUCUGGAAGCAGGCCAGCUUUGACAAAUGUGUUUACUCUUCCAAAACAAAACAAGUGGAAAAGCGAGUCUGAUCUAUUUGACUCAGGUACCGGGUCCAUCGAUUCGACACACGGUAACGAAGACGAGGCUGACACUCCUGGAAUGUUUAAGAACGCUCUGGGGACGUUGUCGUUUCUACACACACGUCAAGGUCUAACUGGAACCCUCAACGGGUUUUCAAAAGCGUCUUCAUACGACUACCUGGAUGAAAUUGAUGACGACAUUGAUAACCCAGAAAAGGGAAGUAACCGGAACAGCACAGGGUCCGACAGUAUCGGUACUACAACGAGUUUAGAGGAACGUCUUCAAGGCCCGGUACCCUGGAAGGACGAGGACGACAUUCUCAGUGAUGACGACGAAGACCAAUCCGAGUUUUCUCCCUUAGUUCGGUUCUUAGAAUCUUGUGGACUCAGUAACUAUACGCACAUUUUUACGAACGAGGACACGGACUUGGAGGCAUUAAUGCUAUUAACUGACGAGGACUUCACAAGGUUAGGCCUUCGGCUUGGGCCUCAGAGAAAACUUAAAGAAGCAAUUAAAAAGAGAAAACAAGCACUUGACAGUCCUACAGCUUUGCUGGACACUCAUCUUUGAACAUUCGGGUUCGACUUCCCUUUGUGCUAGGGGUUAAGCUCCGUAGGAAUAAGUGCUUGUGAUCAAUGCAUUGCCUUGUGUAAAAGAACAUAAAAUACCAACGGUUUUAACCAUUACUAAUCGGAUUUGAUAACACGCAACAAUAUAUGUUGUUCUAUCUUUGCCAAUUAAUGACGGACUGUAUUUCAUGAAACUAUUUGAGCAUCAGUAUUAUUAAAUAGUAAUGCUCGCUCUUUACUAAUGAUAAAAAAAUCGAAGGAGAGAAGUUACGAAAGAGCAUAUAUGUGAUGACCCUGUACAUUAUUUUGAAGAUACUACUUAUGCAAGUUUAUCAUUCUGCCGAAUAUAAAAAUGCUAGUGUUUAUGGUGGUAUGACUGCAUGUUAUUGUCUAGGACAAGUCUACACACUAAUACAAUGUAAAUAAGUGUAUGUACAGUAUAUUUAUAUUCAGACAUCUGUUACUCAGAAGGACGCAUACGAUUUCAAAUAUCACUCAUUGAUUUCUUUAUUGGUACCAAUCUCACCGCAACGCUUUUAUGCUGCAAUGAUACGGCAUGUGUGCUGCUUUUAACUCAAAAAUAUAUAGAUGCAACCGCUCGUGAGGUCUGAAUUUAAGCAUAACUCAAGCGUUUAAUAUAUAUAUAGUAAUUGAACGGCGUUUUUUAAAUUUUCAUGCCGGUAUAAACGCAAAACGGUUACAUCCAUAUUGCAUGAAGCCCGCAAUGUUUUAUCCGAAGCGAAGACUCACAUUGACUAAGGUUAAUGUAUGACGUCAUAAUUAAAUCACGUGUCACGUCAUGUGGGGGUUUCUGCUUUCAUACUUCAAUGAAAUGCAUUUCUGCUGGUAGUGUUCAUAUAGUGGGUUGCAGCGCAAAUGUAAAUAAUACACGUGUGUGUAUCUUGUUCUGAGACUCCAAAAACAUAGAAAGCAGUGCAUUCAUUAGAAUUACAAUUCAUAUCAUAUCAGUCCUGUCACUGUUAUUUAACUAUAUCACAAUUGUAUACAUUUGUAUAUUUCCUGUUAUUCAAUUAACAGAGUUUGUAUAUAAUGUAUUGUCUGAAAGCUGACCAUAUGCAACUAUCUAUACAACAUUUAUAGCAUCGCAGUAAAGUAGCUACCAUUUAGUUUGGAAUAGACGAGAAGCCUCAUGCUCCGUUAGCCCAAGUUUCAAACUAGUUUUCUUUAUGUAUGUUUGAAUAGAUAUUACUAGUUUCGUUAUUAUUUUAUUUUUUGGGUUAUAAUAGCAACUUUUUACGCAUAGAGGUUCAGUUUUAAAUAAAUUUCAUUAUUUAUCAAGCAUUUUGCCAUGAAAUUGACCGUUUAUUUAAAUCAGUAAGAUUAAGAGAAUCUAUUCAAAACGAUUUUACAGCUAGCAUUAAUCUAUAAUCUGAACAUACGGCGUUUCUAGUAAAGCUGCCAGAGCCAAAGGGAAGCAACUCUCAUAUUGUUUCCAGAAUGUCUAACAGCGUUAUGAAUCGUUCAUAUAUUCAAUCAAUGUUAUGGUUUACUUACUAUCUUUAUCAUUUACCUCAUCUGAAUCAUAUGUGUGGGAUUUCAUAAAUGAUUUUAAUGGAUUACAAUUGCUCUAUUUUUAUGAAUAAAUUGAC